AUGACCACCUACAGUUGGAGGCGUCUUUUGCCGACGGUGGGCCAGCUCCUCCGAUUAUCUCCUCAGGAGCAGCUGGCGCUAGGAGAUUGGGCCAGCAACAACCCGGACGGUAAUCAGAUGCCCCUCCACUACAGCAGCGCUCGCUAUACGACUUCGCUUCGGUUCAAGGCACUCUCACUGGCAGCAGCAUGGGAGGUUCGUGGCUUCGAGGACUGGAGCGCUAUCACGGACACGGAGCUGGAGCGCAUCAAAGGAGCGGUCAGGGGCCAGGUCGACGAUGUGAUCGUGGGGGGCCGGACCACUAUCUACCAGGCUCCUGUGACUACCGAGACCUUGCACCGUUCGUUGGCCUUGACCAGGACCUGGAGGCUCCGCGCUGCCAAGACAAGGGCUACAUCGGCCAAGGAGCAAGUGGCGCAAAUGCCAGCCACCCUGAAUGGGAAGGUCCUGACCGCGUUCUUAAAAAACGGCCAGUCGCUUUGCGCUCGCUUUCAGCUUGGAGCGGACGAGCCUGUAGGGAACCACGCGGCCGAGGAAGCCACAGGGAGUGAAGAGCGCGGCCGCACCGAGAGCUGGCACAAUUACUUCGACCACAGCAGGAGGCUCUUCUUGGCUGGCCUCCCGACAGCGGCCACGGCACAGUACUUCUGCAAGGUGGCUUUGCAGGUGACCUGCUUUGACAAGAACCGCGACGAGGAGUUCGCCGAGGUCUUCACACUCACCAAGAACAGCCUUUGGGCAGGUGAGGAUGUGCUCUACCACUGCAUGGCAGGGCGGCACCCAGCUGCCACAUAUGGAGGGCUAGUUCGGGCCCUCCUGGCCUUCGAGAGCCUGCCCGUGGCCUACGAUCACAUCAAGUCCCUUCGCGACAUCGAACCAGAGAAGGUCUUGAGGGAACGGUUUGUGGGGGACUUUGUGCACCAAAUGCGGCGAAGCAUCAAGAUCGGGCAGGCAGCCCCAGCACCCACGGCCUAUGUGGCAACGGCCCUCUCCAACAUCCACAUUGCCACGAACGACAUCCCAUUGUGCAAGCACAACCAGGCACCGUCCAAGGCGCUGCGACAUAGAAAUGCGUGGUCUACUUCGGAUCGAGAAGAAGCCGUGGGUUGGGGCAUCAGCUUCUGCAAGGGCUGUGACAAUGAAUGCAUGGACCAGCAAAAUUUGCGGGAGCAAGGUAGGUCCGCAGCUGCUCAGAGCAAACGGGGCGUGAUCGUAGCCAUGGCCAUGCCCUCGUCAGUUACCUUAACCCCGCGGGACGGGACAGAUAUUGCCACUACGUUGCAGGCUUUGGGCCUCAACUUCGGAUUGGACGAUAAGGUCGUGCAAGCUCUUUUGGCCACCAAGGUGCAGAAUCUGGAAGAGCUCCGCUACUUCUUUGCCGACGAAGGGGCAGUGGACCCAUGGCUCAAGAAGACCCCCCUCGGCGAGGAGCACAACAUACAGGCAGCCCGCCUUCGCAGAUGUUGGGCAGCAGUUCGUAUGUACUUCAGUCAGUCUGAAGCGGACAGGUCCAAGGUUGCGUUGGCUGACCUUGACUGUAUUUUGGGGGAGAGUGAACUCCGUGACCUUAAGAUCAACUUCUGGCGGCGGUACCGCCAACGAUAUCCUCCCGAGGUGCACCCGUCCGAUGCUACCGUUUCACGGGUUAGCAGAGAGAUGGUCAAACGGAUGUUGUGCAUCUUCUCCGUCUGGAAAGUGAAGAGCCUACAGCACCAACUGUUGUCGUCAGUUAAGAAGCGGAAACUUGCCCCCAACCUUUACACUGAGGACGACGACCCGGACGAGGCGGGACCUCGUGAUGCCGAAUCCUAUCUGGACAGACUUUUCACGCUUUGCCUCGCCUAUGCCAUGGCAGGUACCAUGGCGGUUUCAGGCGCGCCUGCUGGAACCGAGGAGGCUCACCUAGGUGCAGAUUCCAGCCUUUUUGUGGCAGUCCCCUUGGACGUGACUAUGAUGUAUUGGUUCCGUGCCAAGAGGACCGCUGCGCUUGUGUCGUCCUCACGCAGGCUGUCAUGGCUGCAGGCCCGCGACCAGGAGGAGCGUACCGAGUGGGUCGCCCGGUUCCGGGACUCCCAGAAGACUCUGGGACAGGUCAUCAAGGAGGUCUUCGUGGCGUGCGACCCUCAUUGGAUCCCUCCUUCUUCGGGGCCGCCGGGUGCCGCAGCUGCUCCUCCCGAAGCCCCGCCGACGCUUCCGAAAGCCGAUUCCCUUUUUCAACUUUUGGGCACCAUCGCAGGCAAGAAAGUCGCCUCUUGCAUGAAAGAUGGGAAGCAACUUUGCAAAGAAUUUCAGAGGGGCAGAUGCAGCAAGAAGGAUUGUACUGCAGGGGCCCACCUGUGUGGCGUGGUGAUCAGACAGGUAGGCCCGGGCUUGGGGGAGGUCUCUUCCUCACCUACCAUCGCAGAAAGCACUCAAGGGGCGAGCUCGUCCCCCGCAUUUCUGCACUUGCAGCCCGGCCCCAACACACCAUUGGAAAAGGCUUUCCUUUGGUGCGGAUGGCACGUCCUAUCUGCUAAUGGCGUCGACGGUCGUAGCCACGAUCUUGCUGAUCCUGGUUUGAGGGCAGAGCUUGGGGAGCUCUCGUCGAAAGCCGGUUUCCUCCUGGCUUCGAUGCCUGGCGAGCUUGGGCCUCGGGCAGGGGAGGUGCCCGAAAGCUUCGACGACGUCGCCGCUGAUAAGUCGGUCGGCGCAGGAGGCUGCGGGGACUGGAUUUUGCAACAAAUGGACUUGAUCAGUGGCCGAGGCGGCGGUUGCGCGUGCGAGGCGCCUUCCAACUCUCCAUGGUGGGCUUCGAUGGCCGAGGGACGGCCGUUCGAUGCAGCGGGUUGGCAUGACUUGGCAUACUCCACCUGCGUCUUUGCCGGGGCCAGGUGCAAGUCUCAGACCAUACGGCACAACAUCGACGAGCUCGCGCAAGGUCCUCCCCUGGCAUGCCAGCAUGUACAUGACGCUUCGGAAUGGGAGCCUUACGCGCUGGGUGACUCCAUCGUCUACCCCAGCCACGAGGAGUCCGAGUGCACUGCCCCACUCGCGUUCUUCCUUGCGGUCUCGGCGACCGGAAGAAGAGAGCAUUGGUUGCACAUCGACCCCGAUGCCCUUAGAUCGAGAGCUAUGGCACCCCUUGCAAUAUCGCUGGGACUUCGGCCUGCUCAAAUACCGGGCGCAGCCGAGCUCCCGGUUCGAGCUUUGGCCGAGGACACAGUUGUGGACAAAGAUGUUUUGCCCAGCGGCUGCAUCUACGUCGGACAAGGCAACUACCAGCACAGGCUCCCCACUUCGCAGUGGCGCAGCCCUUGGGUGGCGGGCCUUAAUUGCGAUCCAGCCGAAAGGUUGACCCGAUAUGCAGAGUUCAUCCUGACCGAGCUAUGGAACGAGCUGGACCAGCUUUGGGGCAUGACACUUCUAUGCGAUUGCCCUCUCGACGUGCCUUGCGAAGCCGAUGUGUUGGCAGGCCUCCUUUUCGAUUGCCGUCGCGGGGAGCCUGGUGAUCACCACUGCAAGGCAUCCGCACUUUGGUGGCCGGAGCGUAUCGCACCGAGAACGGCACUCCUGCGCGGAUCCCGAAUUGGACAGGCGGUACCUGUCUUGUUCAGACAGGAGGCGAUUAUCCUCCGCUUUCGCAAGCUGUUCCCAGCCGAAUGGUUCCGAGGAUUCCGCUUUCCUAUGAUCGAGGACAUCAUUAACCAAGCCCCUUUCGACUCUUUUGGCCGCUGGCUAGUCGCGCGGGGAGACGAGUGGGAGGGACCCCUCGUUCCCAUUGCGGCCGAGAGGCAGCAGCGCUUUCGGCAGCGCACGGCCGAUGGACAACAGAUUGGUGCCUCCAGCCAUCGGGCGGCAAUUCCUCCGUUGCUCCCCUUUGGCCUCACAGCGGAUGAGCAUUUCGAGCAGUCCUUGCAGUUGGGCACGCGGCCACUGCCUACGGAAUUGCACCCCAUCUUGGACACCGACCUCAUCUUCGCGGCGGACAUGCACGCAAAGCACAGGGGGUCCCUGCGUGCCAUUCGCCAGCAAACCGUCGGUGCACUCAAAGAGCUCAAACGGCGAUGGGAGUCGGUCGGAGAACGAUUGCGAACACUGCAGCCGAAGGCGUUGCGCGAGGCCACGCGUUAUCGCGACCUCGGCCUGACCGCCUUGCUCAUAAUUUUGAUCAGCUGGGGUGAUGUUACCUACCCGUUCGGGCUUGUCCAAGGACUUCCAGCAGUUGGCUUUGCCCCUUCAUACGGUGUCUUCCCCACCCAGCAGGCUCAUGUCAUCUCCUUUGAGGACGUGCUCGGUGACUGGCAGGCGCACAAUGCAGUCACCAUCCGACGGCUCAGGCUGGACGAGGUGCUACUGGAACAGUCGCGGGCCGACGCGGACCAAGGGUUUUGCACUCCGCCCCUGUCUCUCUCAAGUCUGCAGCGGGAGCUCCGGGGGAACCCGUUCCGGGUGAUCCCGCAGUGCGUGAUUACGCAGGGCUCGGGCAAGCACCGCAUCAUCGACAAUGCGGCCGAAGGAGGUCAGUCGGCCGCUUCGUCCGAUGCCAGCAAGCUGGUGCUUUGUUCCCCCCUGCGCCCCGCCCAGCACCUCAGAGCAACUGUGUCCCUCAUGUCCGAGGAGGAACUGGAGCGUGCCAGGGAUGAGGACGCCUGGGAGACGGGCGGCGAGGAUUGGCCGAAUGCCUAUCGCCAUUCGCCAAUGUCUUCUACGGAGGCUCGUGCCUGUGUGGUGUGCUUCUGGCACCACGAGUGGCAGCAACCUGCCUUCCAGCUGUACGCGGGACUGUUGUUCGGGCUUCCGUUGGCCGUAACAUCGUUCAAUCGCUAUUCGAGACUCGUGGAAGCGCUCGGCAGACGGCUCGUAUCGGUUCUUGUUUCCCUCUAUUUUGACGACGCCAGUUUGGGAGACUGGGCUUCUUCUCGUGGUUCGGGCCAGUGGGCCUUCGAGCAGCUGAAUGGUAUGCUGGGCACACCGUUCGCCGAGUCGAAACGUCAGCCCAUGUCCAGCCGGGGGGACUUUCUUGGCCUCUCUCACGACAUGUCCAAGGCCCUUUCCGAUGGAGUCAUCCGGUUUUGUCAGGCCUCGAAGCUUUAUGGUAUCCUGAACUUCUUUGAACAAGGAGUCUAUGGCAAGGUCACCCCGGACUUGCUGGACAACUUCAGGUACUUGCGAGCUGUCAUUCGCGCGAGGCCAAAGCGUCAGUUGCCGGUCUUUUCCCUACCGUGCGGACGCUUUGUGUGCGCCUCGGACGCAGCUGAGGAGCCGGCCACCGGAGGUACCGGUGGCUUCCUCAUCGUCUGGUUCGAUGGCUCUUGCCAAACGCGACAAGGCUUCGUAGCUGACGUCCAGCCAUGGUGGUAUUCGGUAUGGCAACCUGCAGAAGUCCAUAUCGCGCAACUGGAAAUCUCCACGGUGGCUUAUGCACUGCUCGGCUGCCCAGACCGCUUCAGGAAUCGCAAAGGCAUAUGGUUUUUAGACAACAUUACGUCUUUGAUGGCCUUAGUGAAAGGCCGAUCCUCUUCCAAAGACCUCGAAGCCUUUGCGCACAUGGUGCACAUUCUCUUGCUUGGCCUCAACACGCAGAUGUGGUUCCAGUACGUCCCUUCCAAGUCCAACUGGGCG